AUGUUUAAGAGCGCUAUAGAACAAGUUCGCAAAGCUAACGAUGUCAUUCGUUCCAUUGACGACAAACCAAAAGAAGGUGAGAGAUGGUUAAAGAAAGAUGAAGAGAAUAGGAAGAGAAAUGUGAAGUCAGGCAAUAGACUCAUUGACUUUAACAUCGAAGCUUUAGAUGAACCAAACAGAGACUACUUACACAAACAUUUCGGUAAGGUUUUCAUGAGACUCUUAGAGAAGAUUAAAAUAAACUCCCAACAAAGAUGGAUGGUAUGUUAUAAACUUGGUGGAAAGUAUGAAUGUUCUACGUUAAACCUCAAUAAUAUUGGAACAUUACUACAUCAGCUCUUGAAGGAGAACUUUAUAUCAGAGAUAGAAGCAAAUGCUGCAGGUAUUGUUGAAAUGCACUAUGACUUCUUCUUGACAAACAUAAAGAAUCUUACUGAAAUAAAGAUGUAUGAUUUAACUGAAUAUGAAGGCUUAACGAUGUCAGAUGUAAAGAAAGGCAAACCAAAAAAGAGACCAUAUAGAGAUGAAAGCACACUGACAGAAAGACAGAAAAGAUUAUUGAACAGACUUAAACAAACAGGAGAUAAACAAGAUAUAGAUGACUUCUGGAAUGAAAUCCUUGGUGAAAAGAAGUUUUAUAAGAAGAGAAGCGGUCAGUUCUGGAAGUAUCUUUGCACAUUACCUAUAAAUCUUGAACGCUACCAAAUCUUCAAUGAACUGAACAAAAGAACUGCAACACUUAUGACAGAGGACAAUUGUUUCGUUUAUGCUUGCAUUCAGGCUGGAGUAAAUGAAGAAACUAUUGACCACAUGAGAGAAGUCAUUCGUGUUAGAGACUUUCCUCAAAGUAAAGUACAAGAAAUUUCCGAUUCAACAGGUAUAGCAUUCAAUGUUACCAUUGGUUAUUUCAAUGACUCAAGACAUAAUGAAAUAAAGAGAUACAUACCAAAAGAAUGUAAAACUGUUCGAACUAUUGACUUACUUCUUGUUGAAGACCACUACAUGCUAA